UUAAACGCAGUGUGAAGUUGGCUGGUGUUCUUCUGUCACGCGCGUGUCUCUCUACUCGCACACAGACACGCAUGCGCAGAGCGCGUGAAAUCUCAGCAGCUAGCAGCAGUGCUCGCGCCGCGGUACAAUAUGAGGUCAUAGUGAACAGGUGUGAUAUUGGGGGCCGUUAUGAGUGGUAAGAGCCUCUUACUGAAGGUCAUUCUGCUGGGGGAUGGCGGCGUGGGGAAAAGUUCCCUCAUGAACCGCUACGUGACCGAUCGCUUCGAUUCGCAGUCCUUCCACACCAUCGGCGUGGAGUUCCUCAACCGUGACCUCGAAAUAGACGGCAGGUUGGUCACCCUCCAGAUUUGGGACACGGCGGGCCAGGAGCGCUUCAAGAGCCUGCGCACGCCCUUCUACCGCGGGGCGGACUGCUGCCUGCUCACGUUUGCCGUGGACGACCUGCAGAGCUUCCAGAACCUGGGCUGCUGGAAGAAAGAGUUCAUGUAUUAUUCUGACGUACGAGACCCCGAACGCUUUCCCUUCGUGGUGCUCGGAAACAAGGUGGACAAGGAGGAACGCGAGGUCGGGGAAGACGAGGCCAGGGCGUGGUGCGAGGAGAACGGCUGCUGUCCUUAUUUUGAGACCAGCGCCAAAGACGACACCAACGUGGGGGCUGCCUUCGAGGCGGCGGUUCGGGAGGUUCUGGCCGGCGAGGACACCAUCGACCACGCCUUGUUGGGUAGCACCAUCGAUCUCCAUGGAAACCGUAAAGCGGCUCGCUCUUUCUGCUGUUGAGGUGCCUUCAGGUUGGCCUCACGAACAUAAGCUCUCUUGUUUUACGUGCUCGAGAGCUUUAUGUGUAGGUACAGACACGCAGGUAGCCGGAUGCAUGGCUGCACCUGUAACACAGUAAUGUGGUCUUAUGUAACAUGUAUGUAACAGUAAAGGUAUUUUAAACAUA